CUUAGGUUUGCUUAUAUAUGAAACACAAUAUGCAAUAACGCUCACAACUAAUUUCUGCAUUUUUUGUUAUAAGGUGGUUUGACUUGUGAACAUUGCAUUUCCUAUAAUGGAUCUUUUAACGUAUUUAUAUUUGGGCUAUAGAAUGGUGUUUAUCGGCCUCGUGAUGUGCACGUGCACGCGGGCCGAUACUGACGAGAGUCCGAUUCCAGUUAAUUCCGGGCCUUCGUGUGACUUUAUGGCGUUGCCUGGGUACCCGGAUGUCUACGUGGACACAGUAUUCUGGACCUCGUUCGAGUGCCCACGUGGUCACAUCUUCGCAAAUGCGCUAUGCGACUGUGUACCGGACAUGCGUGUACUCUCACCUUCCAAAACUACGAUAUCGCCAACAACAUCACCAUCGCCGACAACGACGCGAACUACCACCACCACCACCACCACACCUACAACAACCACGACAGUAGCAACAAAAACGAUUAAAAACAUUCCAAGCGUCUGUGCCGGUUGUCGAUUUGACAAUGGGAUUGGUUAUAAAAACCACGAAACCGAGUGUGACCUCUUCGUCACGUGUUACACAAGUGGUGCCACCAUUCGGGGUGAAGUAAGGCGGUGCGGAGUCGGAAAAUUUUGGGACCAGGCACUGCUCAUGUGCAGAGCUUCAACGGAUGUGACGUGCAAAACUGAUGUAUGUCACAACAAGGCGCCUGGAUACAUGUACGGUCACAAGGCCAACUGCCGCGCUUUCUGGACAUGCGAGGGCGGAGUGUCGGUGGGUCAGUGUUGUCCGAGCGGUCAAGGCUUCACCGCCCAGUACGGCUGCAUGGACACACCGGACUGUCUGGACACGUGCAUGGCUGAGGCUGUUGCGGUCGCGUGUGACAAGGAAACUGUGGCCAUGGAUCGCACGAAGUUCCGUCAGCGUGUUCCCGGCCGCGGUUCGGUGGAGAUGAGUUGCGCAGCGGGAACCGUCUUCAGGCAAGACUCCUGCGAUUGCCAGUAUGACGAUCUAAACGUCGUAGGUGUCGUUAAAGCUUGCCGAAAAGAGUUCGAGAUGACUUUCGACGACGACAAAUUGGCUGAUACAUCCGGUUACAACAUUCACCUGUACCACGAAAACGUCACCAUGGCGACAGGACAAGCAUGCUUUCACGGCGAUGGAGUGAUUGUCAUACCAAGAUUCUCCAACGCCUACCUUGGUACCGAACUAGAGGUGUCUGUCACGUUCAAGCUCGCCUCUGGGUCGGGCCCGGGACUCAGGGCUAUCGUGUAUAACGGUGACUGUGGAAUGGACCCGUCCAUAGUGAUUGCUGCCAGCGAGAAGGAGCUAAUGUUUCUGCUUCGAAAUGAGAGCAAUCAUACAAUCACUUUGACUUCGUACAUCAAUUCCAAGGGUUGGAUAAAAGCAUCUUUCACCCUUCACAAAAAUCGGAUGGCAAUAUCUCUGAACGGCCUCCAAGUUACAACGGCAUUGUUUCAUGGAAAUGUGGCCGUAAGUCGUUGUGGACUGAAACUUGGCUGGGGGGAGGAGUUCCAAACUUUUCAGGGCUGUCUUGAAUACGUUUCUUUGGCACUUUGCGUAUCUUAGUGAAAUAUAUCAUGGCAUUAACUCACACGUUGAAACACCGGCUAAAUGCGGAAGAAACCAUCGUCAUUGGCGGACAAAACACAUGUUUGAUUAUGUUACAUCAUAAAAGAUUUAUACAACUGAAGCUGUGAUUCAUGGAUUUCUAAGUUGUGAUACCAAAUAUAUGACUAUCCAUGAUUGUGUACUUAUAUAUGGUUGGAAAUAUACAAAGCGAUCCAAAGCCAGAACAAUAUUGGUGACUUAGAGUUGUGGGAACACACUGAGUAUUUACAAACAGGUAUUUCCCGGUUUCGACAUUAUGUUUAGUUUAAACCUAUUUAUUUUAGCUCGAUUGCAUAGAAAGUAAUUCCUACUUAUUUGAAAUGCUCUCGAGUCCGUUUCCUGGGCCUAGAACCAGUACUUGGUGUCUAUAUGGGAGAUCGAAAGAACGCUCCAACAGCGGGGAUCGAACCCGUGACCUCCCGGGUCAUAUUACAUAUUAGUGGCAUAUUACAAUGGCCACUUUCGAUUUUCUUGUAGCUAAUAAGAUAUUAUUUGUGUUAAAAAAGUGGCCAAUACAGUUCAAAGUGAACCAUAUCAUUUGGAAGCACUGUAACGUAUCUAAAAUGCUAUCCCUAAAUAGUAUUUAUUGAUUUAACAUUUAUACAGUUUCUAAAUAGUUUACUUCAAUUAAGCACAAAUACAAACGACGAACACAAAAGGAGCUGAACAAACAUUAUUUUGUUAUCAUUUCAGCAGUAUGCUGCUGUUAUGAAAUGUUCUAAUCCAAAUAUUAGCUAAUUAAUAACAGCUUGCAUGACCAUCGUUUGUUAUGGUUUAAAACUGCUUACAUUAGGCAAGAAAUGUAAUAAAUUCCAUUUCUAUGACACCAUGUCCAUUUCUCAUUAACUUGAAACAAUGCUACCGUUUAGUUUCCGAGUCGAUGUUUAAAUUAGAAUGGCGACGCUGAUUUAUAAUGGAUUGCAUUACGUGACCUCAUUUACAUUCAUCCAAAUUAAUACCGUUUCCACUCUUACAAAUUAGGUAGUGCGUCAAAUUGCAUAAUUAUAUAUUAUAAAACAUACGUAUUGCAGUCGAAAAUAAUAGCAUAUUGAGAUGUAAUCCAUGUAUGCCUAGAGGAAUCACCCAUCCUUCUAAAUUAGAUCAAUUUAUUUCCAAUAUUAGGGAUGUCUAGUAUAUUUAUUUCUAUAUUUAAAAAAAAAUUAAAGAAAUUACUUUCAGCAAACAGCGCAGACCCUGAUGAGACGCCGCAUCGUGCGGCGUCUCAUCUGGGUCUAAGCUGUUUGCCAUUGUCUUUUUCUAGACGCUAGGCAUAAAUGGGUUAAAUAGCUUAUAUAAUUCAAUAAACAUCUGCUACCGCAGCAAUAUUUAUAGUUGCAUAACACUGGUUGUUUCAAUAGCUCGAACGUUUUGUUUAGUACAUUAGACUGAAGUAUGAUAACAAUUACUUUUUUAAGUUAUGUAACAUAAUGUAUCAUGAAAUAUUCAUUAACGUUGUCUGUCGUUAUGUUCCUCCAUUAAAAAGACUUAUUUAAUAAUUGAUCAUGAAUAAUAUGAAACAUGUGUGUUUCUUGGCCUUUAGGGCUUGGCGACGUACGAUAAUGUACAAUACAUGUUAUUUAUAAUGUUUAUGUUGCCUUAUAUUUAUUAUUCUCUGUAAUCGUGUAUAUAUUACAUUGAUAAUAUUG